UGUGUGUGUGUGUGCAUAUGUGGGUGAUAUGGAUUAACUGGUGAUGUCAUUCUUGGUUGAAGGUUUAGUAAGUUUGUCAUCUGAUGGAAAGAAUGUUAGACAUUCUGCGGGUCCAAAUAUUUGUUUUAUGCAUAAAUCAACUUGACGCUCCAAGCUUGCAGGUAGAUGCUUGUAAGUUAGAGAAGGAAUAUAAACUUUUUUCUCGGAUAUGUUAUUAGCGUUUAUUAAACCUCAUUUUUCCAGAUUUUCCAUUGUAAGUCCUUUACUACUUGAACCCUGGAUAGAUGUAUUUACUUAUGUGUUUGGUAUUUAAUUUCUUCUCCAGCUGCUGCUAUGCUUCUAGUGAAUUUAUCCGUUUUGUGAUUCUCAGAUGCAUAGUUUAGGAUUUGUUGAUCCUGAUGAUAUGAAUAUUACGUCUGGGAAAAGAAAUUUUUCGAGUAUGGUGGGCUAUUCAAACAGCAAACUGGCUCAGAUCAUGUUCAGCACUGUCCUUAACAAGAGACUACCAACCGAAGCUGGCAUAAAUGUAGUUUGUGUUUCUCCUGGAAUCGUACACACUAACGUUGCGAGGGAUCUCCCAAAGAUUGUUCAAGCUGGUUACGGUUUAAUUCCAUAUUUUAUUUUCAGUCCUGAAGAAGGCUCCAGAAGCACACUAUUCGCAGCCACCGAUCCCCAACUUGUGGAUUACUGUGAGUCUCUAAAAGCGGAAGAUUGGCCGGUUUGCGCAUUCAUUAACCAUGAUUGCCGGCCAGCAAAUCCUUCAGAGGAGGCACACAAUCUUGAGACUUCUUAUAGAGUAUGGGAAAAAACGCUUGAGCUUAUUGGCCUACCCUCAAAUGCUGUGGAGAGGCUUUUAGAAGGGGGCCAAGUUAAAUGCAAAUAUGGGGCCACCUCAGAGUAGUAUCAUUAUCGGUGA